GUGUGUGUGUAAUACGUUGUUGUAACGUAAAUAAAGCAUGUACACGUAAGCAUGUGAGAAGCACAUAUAUUCCACGUCGGCCGAUUCUCAGCAUCACGUUUUAUUCGCACUGGAUAAUUAUUACAUCUGAUAACAUGACAGGACGUGUAAUUCUCGAAAGAGAAAGUAGACUUAAUUUUUGUACUAACUUUAACCAUAUUAUAACUUCCCUUUGAGUCUCUUCCUUCUACGUUAUCCCAUACGGCACUAAUCAUAUUUUUAUUAACUGUACGAAAUAACAUUCCUUUUUUUAAGGCGAUUAAUUUUGAAUUGCAUAUUCAAAUUUGUUAUUAACAGAAUGUUUAAAACUGCUUCCCUUUAGGCUUUAUUAAUAAUAUAUCGAGCAUAAUUAAUACAUCUGCUAGUAAUACCAUAUUUUUUUAAUAAAAUAGCUUUCUUUUUUCCAUUCGAAUCUAACUCACUCGCGGUAUUCUUACGUCAAUCUUCUCGUUCUCUCGCUAUCUGUAUGAAACACAGUUUCAAAUGAUUUUCUAUUUUAUUUCAGAAAUAAAAGCAAGGAAAAAGCAUGCAGAGAAAGAUCUUGGUUUCCUACGAAUUGGCUCAUUGAACGUUCGCGUGAAGCGUACGACGGAGGCCUUCAGCCAAUUCUUGGGUGUGGCAACCAGCAGUACAGCUAGCAACAACGAGAAGAUUCAUAAGUCCUGGGGAUCCGCGGAUAACGUUCAGCUGGAACACAAGUUGAUGCCUCCGCCGAAGUACGCGCCCAUCAAGAAGCGCAGGAGCAGACGGCCGCAGGAUUUCGGUGCGUCGCAGGAACAGCAGCAGGUCACCAGCCAGCCGACUACCCCGUUGUUGCAGGGAAAGAUUAUCCGUCCGAACCGAGCCAUCCAGCGUCGACCGACGUCCACGGCGUCGGUCAGCUCCAGCUCCAUCGCGUCCGGCGGCGCCCAGCAGAACGGCGAUUCCGACUCCGAUACGGCGUGCGGUUUCGAUUCCGCGUGGCGGGGAUCCGCCCAAUUGUAACUAAUCCCCCAAUUCGUCACUUCAGACACCAUUGUUGCUGCAUGUUUAGUCUGACUGCACGAAGCAGUUCUUCAGUUCUGAGCAACUCCGAAAGAUCGGCGGUAGCUCUGGGAGUUCUUUCAAAAUGGCGAUGGAAGUGAAGACCUACUUGGAGGAUUUUUACAAUUGCCCGCGUUAAUGAUUCUUGUCGAUACAAGGAAUGAUUCAUAAAAGAUAAUUUUUUUGAUGAAUUUUUUCGAACUCUUAAACUUGUUCAUUUUGUGAAAUUUAUUUGUUUUAUUUUAUAAGAGAGAGUCUGGUCUAACCCAAGGAUUGCGGUUACUUGAGAUAUAAUUCUUUCACGAAAAUUUUGUCACCUGAAUUACACAAACACAAAUCUCGUUUUCUUUAAUAAGUUUAUUCAAUAUUUAAGAUUUUGAUAUUUAUAUAAAGGAUUUUAUAUUUGGCAUCGUAUUAUCACUUUUCUUAUUUCAGCUAGCAUACAUCAAUUUGAUUUCAAAUAUAUUUUGUAUAUAAAAAUAAUCAUAUAUUUUUUAUAUAUUUAUAUUUAUAUAUAAAAAUAUUUGUUAUAAGUUGCAGAGCGUAAAGUUAAGGAUUGUUUAAUAUUUGAAUGCGCUUAUCUGCUGUAAAAUAUUAAAUCGCGAAGUAGAUUUUAAAUUUAUAAUACAAAUCCUUUUAUACUUCUCAAGAUACGUAUGCAGUUUUUAACUUUGCAUUCACGAUCUUGUUGUAUAUACAUUAACAUAAAUAUCGUAUGCAUAAAAGCUUUAGACAAUUCGGCGCUCAUUGUAUGAUAAUCAAUGCUUAAAGCUUAUUUCAUUAAAUUUUCUAUCUUGCUAAAUAGGACAUUUUUCGCCGCAUAUUUUAUACAAUAAAAAACAUUAAUAAUUAUAAAAUACAUCGUUAAGCGUAUAAGAAGUUAUUAUUUAUAUCACUUUAUAUAAUUCAAUAAACAUCACAUUUGAGAUUGA